AAGAUGAUAGGAGAAGAAGACAUGGCCGCCGCCGCCUCUGCUGCUGCACCCUCCGAGCUGUGUCACGACCAGAAUCAGUGGGAAUUCAGUUGUGACUUCGAGGUGGAUUUUGAAUCAGAGGAGAAUGCUUCCAUGGUUUAUGCAGCUUUGGCUGUUGAUAAGGAGUUGCAGCCAGACAAAGUGAAGAGGCAAAUGUCUGUCUCUAAUGGGAAGCUUUCAGUGCACUUUGAAGCAGUAGAGGCAAGGUUUCUUCGUGCAUCAUAUUCAGCUCUUGUAGAUGCUCUUACGCUUGCCACGAAAACAAUUGAAGAGUUUGGGCCAGGAAUGCAGCUGUAACACGUAUAUGAACCUAUUACUUGUUCAGAUUUUCAUAGAAAUCAAGCUGUAGCCUCUGUUUUGUUGUUGUCACUGCUUGGAUGACAUUUUCAUUUAGAUUUAUAUAGCUUUCGCUUUUACUUUGAUGGGGCGAGUGUGUCUCGUUAUAUCCAACAUCAUUUCAGUUAAAUAGAAGUUGUGUUGAAAAUUCAUUGUGAUUUUGCCCUUCAGACAAUCAUAGGUGAGGAUGUGAGUUGGUUUUGGAGUUGCUUGAGGCAUGGUCUGUUGCCUUCCGAUACAGUUCUGUUUCUAUC